AUGUUCUCCUCUCUACAGCCCGCGAGGUUAUCGCUCCUCACCCUGUUGGUCGCAUCUUUCGUUUUGUCAGGCGACGGACAUCGCAUCUCUUCGGUCCAAAAGGCUGGGGGACCAGAGGUAGCCGCCAGGAACAAUGUGGUGGAUGUAUUACAUAUACGACAAGCUUCCUCGGGCAUCCUGGACGGCCUGAUCCCAACUUCAGGAACUACCGACCCCGGCCCAACUUCACCCGAUUCUACCCCGACAUCUUCAAGCGAUUCCCAGUCAAAGUCAUCGACGAACCCUCCAGCCACAACCACAUUGGACGAACCGACGACUACUCCCUCUGAUACAGGGGCGUUGACGACCCCUUCAAAAACCUCUGAUUCUCCAUCGCCGAAGACGACAUCUUACUCCACCGAGUUAACCGACUCGUCCGACACUACUACAUCGGGGCUCACCACCACCGCCCCUCCCCGCAGCACUAUCACGUCGAAGCGCACGACUGUGGCUGAAGUGACAAGCAAUGGCAAAACCUACCAGACCACCUACGUCACUACGUCCCUAAUCCCAACCAGCACAGCCUCACCAGUCGACGACACCCCAGAGACAGAGUCUGGCAUGAGCACAAAGACACGCAACACAGUCAUUGGUGUCGUGGUCGGCGUCGGCGGUGCCAUCUUCCUGGGCCUCAUCUUCAUGGUUUUCUGGAAGUUUUGGGGCCGCAGACGAUCCUCGCGCAGGGCCCAGGAGGACGACGCUCUGAUGAUGACAUCUCCAGGCGAGAAGCCGGAUACUGCCUCGACCUCGAACCCCUUCCAGAGCACGCUCGAGAGCUACCACGCGCCGCAGCGCCCUGUCAAUGCUUCAUCGAACUUUUAG